AUGCUCCACAACCCCGCAGCAGCUGCGGCCGCCAUGGAGGAGCAGCUGCGGCAGCAGCAGCUCCUGGUCCUGCUCAAUGCCUCCUCCAGGCCCUUCCCCAGCAGCAGCAGCAGCAGCAGCAUCUGGCCGUCCAACUCCUCUGCCUCGGAGCCGGUCACGGCGGCGGCGGCGGCGGGAGGCGGAGGCGGAGGCGGAGGAGGCGGAGCGGUCAGCCCCUGGGACAUCGCCCUGUGCGCCACGGGCACGGCGGUGGCCUGCGAGAACGCGCUGGUGCUGGCCGUGCUCUUCUACACGCCCAGCCUGCGGGCCCCCAUGUUCCUGCUCAUCGGCAGCCUGGCGCUGGCCGACCUGCUGGCCGGCCUGGGGCUGGUGGUCAAUUUCACCGUGCAGUACCUGCUGCAGCCGCCCAACGCGGCCGUGGCGCUGAGCGCGGCCGGGCUGCUGCUGACCGCCUUCUCCGCCUCGGUCUGCAGCCUGCUGGCCAUCACCAUCGACCGCUACCUGUCGCUGUACAACGCGCUCACCUACCACACGGAGCGCACGCUGACCUUCACCUGCGCCAUGCUGCUGCUCAUGUGGCUGCUCUGCCUGGGCGUGGGGCUGCUGCCCCUGCUGGGCUGGAACUGCCUGCGGGACCAGGCCACCUGCAGCGUGCUGCGGCCGGUGACCAAGGACAACGCGGCGGUGCUGGCGGUCACGUUCCUGCUCCUCUUCGCCCUGAUGCUGCAGCUCUACCUGCAGAUCUGCAAGAUCGCCUUCCGGCACGCGCAGCAGAUCGCCGUGCAGCACCAGUUCAUCGCCACGGCGCAGGUCACCUCCACCCGCAAGGGGCUCUCCACCCUCUCCUUCAUCCUGGGCACCUUCGCCCUCUGCUGGAUCCCGUUCGCCGUCUACUCGCUGGUGGCGGAUUCCAGCUACCCCGCCGUCUACACCUACUCCCUGGCCCUGCCCGCCACUUGCAACUCGCUCAUCAACCCGGUCAUUUAUGCCUUCAGAAACCCGGACAUCCAGAAGUCCCUGUGGCUGGCCUGCUGCGGGUGCAUCCCUUCCACCUUCUCCUCCAGGCCCAGGACAUCCAGUGAUGUAUAAGGGUGGUUGGCCGCCCGGAUUGUCAAAUGGUUUCAGGCUCUCCUCCUCCGCGGCGUUAUGAUGUGUUACCACCAGCAGGAGGAAUCCCAGAGCGACCCGCGUCUCCUUCCCUGGAAAAAGAUGUCAACGAGAAAACAAAAAUAAGAGUGGUCUCCUUUAAAAAAUGCUUAUUUUCCUACAUAUUUUAUUUAUUUUUUAUUUAAAAACAACAACAAAAGACCAAAAAAAAAAAAAAAAGAUCAGCGCUUGAUGCUUUUUUCUCAUCUCGGUGUAAUGGAAAGGGGGAGCAGCACGUUUGCCAAACCUGUGGCCCGAAAAUGUUCAAGGGCCCAGGGCAACUCUACUUAUUUCAAGCCUCCCAGCGAGGGGCAGGCCGUUGGGAAGGUCCCCGGUGAGGAACGGGGAGAGACCGCGGGCCAACUCUCCCUUGGCCCCACACCAGGAGUAACCCCACUGAAGUCACUGGGGGUCGCCCCAAGUCAAAAUCCUGUCAAGUGCGGGGGGGAAGUCAGGCCUGGGACGUGGGAAGAGAAUAAGAUAGUGCCCUGCUGUUUAGAGCCCGGCGCAGAUCUGAUGUUGAGGGCUCGGGGCAAGAUCUAGAAAAACGUGUACAAUAUUUGCUUGCUGUUAGUUUGGGUUUGUUUGGAAUGGUUAAAAAAUGACCAUACCCAGGGGGCUUCACUUCAGGGGGGUAGAGGGUUUUGGUGGUGGUGGUGAUUUUUUUUAACUAUAAUCAGGUUUUGCUCUGCUAUGCAAUAAUAAAAGGGACAUUGUGAGAUGCGGUAACCUGCCAAUAUUUUUCAUGCCAGACCGGUUCAGCACCACGAGGUCUGGACAGCUCCGUGAGAAGUGGUAGGAGGACAAGUGGCCUGUCUUACGAUUUUAUGUUUAUUUUUGUAAAAAAGCACAUGGAAGUCAAAGAUUUACAUAGGCCUCUUUAAGCGGGGGGGAAAGGAAGUACGAUCCUGAGUCAGGAACAAAUGAGGUCCAUUCCCCUUCACUUGCUGUCCUAAACAAUUGUAUAGUGUUGCUAUGUGCUGUUCAGCUGCUGCAUUGCACCUCAGAGGAGGCUGCAUUUCAGUGGUGGGUGAAGUGAUGCCUGUAUAUUUAUAUCUCCUUUGUUUGUGAAGCACUUUGAGAACCUGCAGGAUGAAAGGCACUUUAAGGUAUGAUUAUUAUUUAUUAUUACAAUGUGAGAGUAAAGAGAACUCCUUGCUGAAAAAUAUGCUCACGGUGCAUCAUCAAAUCUAAAGGUGGGAGGAAAGGACCUUUUAGGUUAUCUAGUUAAUCCCCCUGCCAGGGAGAUGAAAGCAGUGGAAGAAAGUCAGAGAUGAGGUUUUCUUGACAUCGGAACCUAGGUUAAUCUUUCACUUAUUUCAGUGCAGAUAUAACACACUGUCUUUAGCGGCAUUGUUAAUAUAGUAUGCUGAUCUAGCAUACUGGGUGUGGGGAGGGAGGAUAUGAUCCAAAGACUGAUAUUCUGAAUGAGGUUGGUUCUUCUAAAGGGAAGCCUACAUCAUCACGUGUCUUGUUCCCGAAACUACUAGAUUAAUUUGCUUCCAUAGAGAAGCUACGCUAGCCUCACGCUCCUCUACCCUAUCAUGUGCUUUGUCGUGUUAGUGAGAAAAUGAUGAAGUGUCCUUCGUCUUGUGCUGUAUUUUGGCCAAGAAGUGGAAUAGUGCAUUCCUUUAAAAACAGAAUAAACCUUCAGAGACAGACGGGGACUCUGUUCUAUAGGAGAAAUGUCCAGGGUUGCCUCUUGGGUUGGGGGUUUGUCUUACCACCUAUUCUCUCAGUGCGCUGCAAGGAAAUUGCUUUGAAGUGUGACCUGUGAUGUCAAUGCUCCAAAUGUGUUGCUCUCCCUUAGAAAGGAAUCUGUGCUACAAACGUCAGAAAGAUCCCUCUUUCAAACAAUAGCCUACCCCUGCAGCAUCAGUUGCAAACCUGGCUUAGGUUUAUAUUAUAUAAAAAGACCAACAACAAAAGAGAGAAUAUCGCAUGUAAAUAUUAUAGUUCCAUGAAGGACAAAGUGUCCAAAUUUUAUGUCUGAAUGCAGGUGAACCAAUCGUUUAUCUAUAGAACUGUGCAAUGAAGGUCUCUUUCUAGCUCAGCAAAGCUCACUGCACAUGACAAAACUGUGAAUCUCAAAUGUGUGCUUUGGGCCUGGACUUUUUUUCUCGCUCCAAAAGGUGUCCCAGCUUUUCAGGUUUUUUAUGAGGAGCAACGUACAACAUGCACAAAUUCUAGUCAAUAUUUUUACAAUUUUAUUUAACGUUUUUGCUGUUCAUUUAUUUAUUAUUCUGUUUCCAUGGUUGCAGACAACUUCCUGCAGUUCCUAAAUGUGAAGACUCAAUGCAGAGUUAAUUAAAAACAUUUCAAAAUAAUGUUUUUAUACGAUUUGAUCUACAGGGCAGGUAUUUGUGUUUCUCUGGGCAGCUCAUUUUGUAUUUUUAAAUCAAAUGUAGCAUUUAAACAUUCACUCUAGGCACACAGUUAAAAUGAACAUCUUACAUUUUCUUGGAUUUUCAGUUGAUUUCCUUUUAUCAAAGGUUUUGAUUUCAGAAUUUUCCCCAUAAGGAGUUUAAUGGUGUAAAUGAAAUUUAAUGAUGUGAAUGAAAUUUACUCGCUUUCCAGGGAUUUGUAGAUUAAAUAUGACAUAGGUGCAUAGCAAUCAAAGCAAAAUAAUGAGGUUUUUUUUGUGGCCCUCAAUGUCAGACACUCAGAGGAGGAGUGUUACAUUGGGAUGUAAUUAGAUAAAAGGAGGAAGUUACUGAUUGUAAACCACCAUGGAGAAGUCAGAGAUUAUAUGAGCAUGUCCUCUAAAAUACUGUUACCUGGCCAAAUCUAUUUCUAUCCAUUGAAAUCACUUGGCUAAAUUCAGGUGCUUACAUUAAAUAGUAUCCUACCCUGCUCCGGUGGUGCUAAUUAUGGAAUAGGUGAAUGGAAUUCACUGUGGAAUUCCUUGAAAAUAAGGGUAUCAGGAUCUGGCCCAAUGAAACUACACCAGAGGUAAAUUUGGACCCAGAUGUUUUGGAUAAAGAUUUUAAUCUAGUUCUUUCCUUGUGGUUGUCUCAGAGAAGCAACAAGAGAUGUUCAAAAAGUGCUAAGUAUGUUUCACGAAGAAUUUCUAAAACUCUUCAUUUGAAAAUUCACAGAAAAAUUGAAGUUUUCAAAUUUAUAUUUUUCAAUUUCUGAAUUAAAAAGAUCAGGUUGGGGGGGGUGUUUGUUUUGUUUUUCCUUUGCGCUCCCCUUUUCCUUUCUCCCUCCCUGACCCCACCUUUAUCACUGGAAAAAUGAAAAAAUGAGGGAAGGACUGGAAAAAGGAGGAUAGAAAGGGAAAAAAACCUGAAGUCCCCCUUCCAAGUUUGUUUUUCAUUGAGUUGUGGAAAUAUCAGAAUAUUUCUUAAAAAAUUUGCAGUAUGAAAAUAGUCCAUUUUUGUUGGAAAAAGUUUUAAACUAAAUAUUUUGACCAGCUCUACACUGCAGCACUCUUUGUCAAUAUUUAUUAAGGAGAGCUAGGUUAAUUAUUGGAAAUAUUUACCAAGUUAGUAAAGUUGUAUGCACAAUGAUAACACAGUGAUGGUCUAUUGUCUUUCAAAGCUGAGUUCAUGGAAUGUGUUGCUACAAAACACUGGGCAUGAUUCUGUUCAUUCUCACACUGGUGUAAAUCAGGAAAAAGUCCACUGAAGUCGGUAGAGUUACACCAGUGUAAAAUGUCUGGUGGAAGAGGAAUAUAAGAUUGAUAGGGCCUGAUUUAUCAGUGGAUGCUUUGUAGCACUCUAAUGAUGCCAAGCAGCUGUAAACACAGUUUAACUAGUCUGAUGAGCCAAAUUUACAGCUGCUUUGCAUUAUGGGAGUUGCACAAAGCAACUGGAGUGCCCUGGGGAAUCUGGGCCAUUGCUUAUUGGCAAGGAUCCUCCUGUUGGAUUUAGUCCGAUAAAGAAACCAAAACUGACACAAGCUAUUUGAAGUGCUGAGGUAUUGAGAAGCGAGCUCUGCUUUAAUUAUUGUCAUAUUAAUAAAGGAUAACAGUAGAUAACAGUAUAAAGGGCAGAUCCUCAGUUGGUGCAAACUGGCAUAAAUCCUUUGACUUCAGAACAGCUAAACUGAUUCAUGACAUAUGAAGAUCUGGCUUACUUUGGAGGGACUGCUCAGUACGUAGUCAAGGUUAUUUAUCCACUAACAUAUAGUUAACACUUUGCAUAUCAGAGAGAACAUAAUGCAGAGCUAUAUCUAUUAAGGUCAAAUGAUUAAUAUCAGGAAAGUUUUGAUUUCUCCAGAGGACCAAAUCCUUGCUUCUCCUUUCCCACCUUAUUCAGUAGCACAUGGAUUUUGUUUGACUGUUGUUUAGGUUUCCACCUUGUUCAGAGUGAACUACUAAUUCAGUUUUCAACAGAUGAACCGUGCCUCAUUUAAACAAUUGGUGAAAAUGACCUCUCAUCAUUCCCUCCUGGAAUGGGAUGACUUACCUACCAAAGAUCGCUGAUGAGCAGGAGCCCCCAUGUCCAUCUCUGGGGCAGAGCCGGCUGCCUUUGGGAAUAGGAAAAAGAACAAUGCCAGCAAACCUAAGUGUAGGUAGGAAAUCAUGGGCAACAUUCACAAUCAGGGACAUGCCUCCCCUAUAGCCAGGUUCUAUGCCCUGGACCUAUUUCCUCCAUCCUCUUGCUGCUGCAUAUAGCUCCCCUCUGCAUGGAUGAAGUCUUUCAGUGUGGGGAGUCAACAUUGCGCAGAUCAGCAGUAACCUGUGUAGCAUUUUACCAUGGAGUUUUGCUCCAUGUGUAUGGGUAGCAUGCCACAUCGAGCAGCCACUUCCCCAGCACCAGCCUCAUGGUUGCCUCAUGUGGAGCUAUUGCUCCUCCCGUCACUUAUCAUCAUCACUAUGGCAAAUCCCAAAGGGACAUAGUCUCCUUGCAGAUCAAGUGCCAUCUGGAUUGAUCCUCCCUUUGUCGCCCCAGCCACUUCCAGCCAGCUUCCUCUCCUUUCACCACUGCAAGUGGCAGACAGGAUCUGGCCCCAGUGUCUUUAGCUGAGACACACUUGAUCCGCAGUCAUUGCUCCCCCUUGGAAAAGCAAAGUUCUCACAUGCAGGCAAAAGGCUGUUGACUGACUAUGACGAGCCAGAUCCUGAUCUUAGUUACACCAGUAAAACUCCUGGUGACUUCAGUGGAGUUAGCCCAGAUUUACACCAGUGCAAGCGAGUGAAGAAUUUGGCCUUAAGCAAUUGCACAAAAUAUUUAACACACCAAAACCCACCCCAGUGUUCUUUCAGAGUGACCAGAGAAACAUGAACCUGUUUUUUAGUUUUUUCACUUCCAGGUGUCUUGUUUGCCCUUUUCUUUCCUACCACAUGUUUGAUAGCCAGCAGCACAGUUGUAAGAAUCACUUAUUAAGUUGCUCUUUGUUGUUUUUUUGAGAGGUAGGUAGGUAGGUAGGUUGUGGGGGGAGGGUGGGAGGUGGAAGUGAAGGAGAGGGGAAGGGGAAACAUUCCUUAGAUACACACAGUAUUUGAAAAGCUUGGGAGCACAGAUAAAUGGGACACUGUCACAAGCCACAUGAAUUCCUGGGACACCUGCAUUGAACUUAAUGGAUCUGGUCCCAUAUAUUUAAAAAUAUGCCUUUAUCAGUGUUACUAACCAUACCUUAGAUUGUUGACUUUUACAAUUUUUUUAAAAAAUAUUUUAUUUUUUGUUUACUUCCCCCUACUCUCAGUUUGGUCAGUGGAACUGUAGUUGUCACUUUCACUUUCUGUCUAACCAAUUUCACUUCACUAGCAGGAAUGUUACAACCUUUGGGGUCUCAAUCAAAACAGUGACAAUUUUUACAUCCCAAACAAAUAGCUUUCAUUGAAUUUAGAAUAAAAAUAAUGAAAACAUUACUGUUCACAUUGUUAGAAAGUUCCUCUUCUUUUUUUUUUUAACAAAAACUUAAUUUUGGGGUCUAAAUCUACUUGACAGUAAGCCUUUGAUUUUCAUAAUUACUUAAAUUGUAUCAAUGUAUAGUAAUAAUUAAUGGGACAAAAUACAUUUUUAACUGUCAGGAAUAAUUGUAUGCUGCGUACGGUAUUUGCCUCUAAUUCUUCUCGUUAAAGCCAGUCUUUUUCUCUUGGUGGGGUGGCGGCGUUGGGAUCUUCUUACAAUUUCAUUUGAAUCAUCAUGAUAAAGGCUUAAUUGCCUCUUACAAAAUAGCUAAUGUAGUUGCCUUGGUUUUUGUUCCUGUGACCCUAGAGAAGAGAGGCAAUUCCUGUUGAAAACUUUAUGAAAUGCUGUACAGUGAAUGAUGCAGAGAGAUGGAACAGUCUAUAACUAGAGAAGGCAAUCCAGAGCCAUUGUUCUAACACCUUUGUAUCCCAGACCUCUGGGGAUGUGGAUAAAAUGGGCUCUGGAUCCAAACUGACCAUGGGUUUUGCAAAACCAAAUCCUGCUAGCAACAUUUUCCAAAAAUCAGCCAUCUCUGGCUGCAACUGCUGUAGUCCAGAACUGGAAAAACAAUAUGAAAAGUGUUGUUGUGAUCCACUGAGAAAUGCUAAAGUGAAGCUACAUGCUAAGUAUCAGUCAGGAGAUCGGCUUUUUCACCAACUGGGUAGGUUGAGAAGAAUAACGGGUGCCUUAAUAAAUUCUGCUCCAUAUCAAGUAUAAUUGUUUUUUAGACAAAGGUUUUUCCCUUCACAAUCUGUGUAUCCUACAGUGGUCAGGAGGCUGAAUGUCUGACAGCACAUUAUCAUAUCAAUAGAUUCUGAAGUCACAAACACAGUGUUAUGAUUUUAUUGCAGGAUCACGGGGAUAAGACAUCUAAGAAAAAGUUCUUAUCCCAAUGCACAGUUUCACUAAUGAACAAAUCUGCAAGCGAAUGCAGACACUUAUGGGCAAAGGAGAUGUUAGAUUUAAAGUUUAUGCAGCAUAGCACCUGGGGCCUGUUUCACCUCUCCACUACAACAGUUUUACACUGGUGUAAACCAGCUAAUGUCAGUGGCGCUACUCCUGAUUUACACCAACAUGAGAUCAGAAUCAGGCUCAUAGCGGAAUAAAUUGCACUGUGUAUACAGAUCAACUGUAACUCGGAGGGACAGGUUUCUGACUAUAAGGCUUUAGCAACAGCUCUGUGCUGAGGGUUGCUGCAGUGUCAGAUGAAUUUUCUUUAUGAACCAGAAGGUGCAUCUAGCCUUUAAAGAUAAAUUGAUGAGCUCAGCCAGAUUUAAGAAAUACAGGCCAGAUUCUGCUCUGCUACACCAGUGAAAAUCUGGAGUCUCUCCUGAAGAGAAUGGAUUUAAGCCACUAUGUAACUGAAAGCAGAAUCUGGCCUGUAGUAUUUAAUAUAUUUUGGACAGUUUGUGCCCUUAAGGCCAAAUUUUCCUUUGGAAGCACAUGCACAACCCCAGCUAAAAGUCAAUGAUCCAAAUUCAAAUUCUGCUCUCAAAUCUGCACCGGCAGCUGCCACUAACAUCAAUGGGAAAGGUACGGAUUUGGGGAAGAAUGUAGCUCUAAACAUAUGACUGAGUCACAUUGUUUUUGAAGACAGGGGCAUCGCUCCAGAUCCUGGGGUUUGGCCUCAUCCUGCAAGGUGCUGAGUUGCCCUCAGAUUCCGUUGGCUUCAGGAGGGGGUUAAGGGCAUUCAGCAUCUUGUAAGGGGCUUCUUGGCAUGUCAUACAAGUGGGCCCUUUGGGCUUGAACCUGCACCCUUUGGAGUCAGGGGGAAUGGUGUGAGUGCAUUUAGGUUCAGGCUCUGUGGAUGAAAUUCAUCCCUGGACAGAGGGCAAGCAGGGGGUCUAUACACAGCUAAGGGGGCCCACUGAAGCCCUCAGAAGGACUAAUACCCCAAUUUGCAGCCCAUUCCUAACUAUGUGCUAAAAGUUAAGCGUGUGCUUGAAGUGCUUUGCUGAAUAGGAAUGUGGACUUAAGUAUGUACCUAAAUGCUUUGCUGGGACCUGGCUGGUGCAUAGCUCUUGUGCUGGCUCUCUGUAUAAUGCUGGCGAAAGUAGUGAACAAAAGGGUAGCCUUUUGAAGGAACAAAGUCAUUUCACCGAUCUAGGACCCCAAUAACGCAAGCCUUUUGCGUGCAGAGAAGUCAAGAGAAAUAUCAUAUACAGAGGGUCUUGUGGGAUCGGACCCACGUACAUUGUCUCAGAACUAUUUUACUUAUUAUUCUGGGAAGUAGGAAAAAUCAGAACAAUCAGGACAGCAGAUUAUUUUUAUGUAACUUUUCGUUAUCCUUUUAAUCUGAAUGGGUAAAUUGAUUACAAAGGAAAGUGUAUCACUCCCAUUCAGUUAUGAUUAAAUAAAGCCCCUGCAAUGCACUUUAUGAACAAGUGACAAUAAAUCAAUGCUGUUAUUGCACUGUAUCUCUAGUGUGUAUAUUAUACAUGCCUCUGUUAAGAGUAAUUUAUUUUUAUUACUGUAAAUAAAAAUGUUAAAGUGAUUUGUCAAGAGAAUAUCCAAAAUGGAAAAAAAAAUCAAAAUUAAAACAAUCUAAGAUCUGGGCUCUUGUCCCAGGUAUGUGCCA